AUUGGUCUCAUUCCUAACUAGUUUGUAAUGCUUGUAAGAAUCUGCUGUUCUCAAUAGUCUUGUAUUGCAAGUAGACCUUCCGUUUCUCCUUACAUUUCUCUUUUAUCUCUUGACAAAACCACGGUGUUCUACUCCUAAUCCCUUUCCUGUUAGUUGCGAUAUUCCGCACUCCUAGCGCCUCUCUUGCAGCAUUCUCUACGUUCUUCCUUAUCCUUUCCCACCAACUCCCAUCUAUACUUUCCUCCAUGCUGAUCGGACUUCUCGCGAUCUUCUCUGCUAGUCUUUCCUGAUAUAAUUCCUUAGUUGAUUGAUUCCAUAAGAACUCCACAUUAAUCUUUUCUACUGUUAUAUUCUGCGCUUGUUUUCUCAUCUUCAUCCCUAGUUUAACCUUUCCCAGCACUAGACCAUGUUCACUUCCUGCAUUCGCGGAACUCAGGACUCAGAUAUCCAUUAUUUGAAUGGGAUGUAUUUUUUUAUUCGUUGUUACAUAAUCGUGUACCGAUUAAUAUACUCUCGUGUAUUUAUACUGGUCUUUGUGGUCGAAGAAUGUAUUGUUUUCUCUUAGUUCAUUAUAGGCACAGAAGUUGACCAUUAGUUCUCCACUUGAGUUAAGAUGUUCCUCAUUAAAACGCUGUUUAAUUCCAGGCACAAUCCCUCUGCCAAUACGUGCGUUAAAAUCUCCCAACAGUACCAUGGGUUCUUCGGUAGGAAUUGUAUCUAUCGCAUUUUGUAGAUUCUUGAAGAACUCUUCUCUUUCUUGUUUGGGUUUUCAGACUUUACCACUAUAUACAGAAAAUAUGCUUAACCUCAGGUGGUCGAGUGUGAUUUUUAUAAGUAAUAUUCUUUCUGAUAUGUAUUGACAAUUUUUUAUGAUGUCCCUAUACAUUUAUAUAUCAGUACGAGUAUACCUGCACCUGUCUUGGCUGCUCUUUGUUUAUACUAUUGCAUCCUAACAUAUAGUCGCCGUAUUGUCAUUGACCUUUCAUCUUUGUUUUUUGUAUAGCACAGACCAUUAUUUUUUUCUUGUUCAGUUCCUUGACAAUUUCUUAGCCUUUGUUGUUAAACGAUGUGAUGUUCCACGAACCUAUUCUCAGUGUAUUUCUGUUCUAUUGUCUCGUUUUCCUUUUUUUCACAUGAAACGUCAUCGUUUUAUCUGUCCAAUUCCGAGGCUUCGUGUCGAUACUUUGAGCUUAAGUUCAUUUUACAGAGAGUAGGUUGCUGGCCUGGCCCUCCAACCCUUUUCACUUUAUCCGGGCUUGGAACCAGCAACGGUUGUUGUCGUCAGACAACGACCGCAGGCGGAGAUUAAUGUAUAAUGUACAACGCUUCUCGCCACUAUGUGCUAAGAUCAAAAAGCCGGCGGAUCCAUCUCCGGAUUGCCCUCAUCAAUAUGGUUACUUUAAGAUUGGCGACGAUAAGAACUGCGGUCAGUUCAUGAACUGCGUGGACGGUAGGGGAUACGUGUUCAAUUGUCCGGAAGGUCUAGCCUUUAAUCCGGAGAUUUACCGAUGCGAUUGGCCGGAUCAGGUAUCGGACUGCGACGCCGAAGCUUUCCUGGGUUUCCGCUGUCCGGAGGUGACAAACAGCUUCUUUCGGGGUGGGGAAAUCAGAUUCUAUCGCAGCAAUGCUGACUGUCAUCAUUACUUCCUCUGCGUAAACGGUCAUCCACGACUGCAGAAUUGCGGCAAAGGGAACGCGUUUAAUGAACUGAUCGAUGCCUGCGACGCUGCAGAGAACGUUACCGGCUGCGAACACGAGGCAAAAGCGAGGAUAAAUGAACAGGUUCAACUAUUUUAAAUUUCAGUGGUUGAAGAAUCAGAAUGAAGACCAAACAUAGCGCAACAGUUUCGAAAAAAUAUUAGUUAUAAAGCUUAGCAAUAAUACAUUUUGGCAAGAUUAAAUGCAUUUAUUUUAAUAUUAUGCAAUAGAAAAUCAUUGAAUUUUUAUAUCCUAGAAAUGCACUAUAUAUUGGAGAAACGAGAAAUGAAAUUCUGUUAAAUGUAUAGAGUGUUCGGAUAUCGUAAACUAUGUAUUC